ACAAAAGCGGUAGUGAUUCAUCUUUCGGUAUCAUACGACGUCUGCAAGCUCACCUUACGACAGCGCAGUUGUCUCACCUCAACAAAAAUCUACAAAAAUGCGUGAAUGUAUCUCAGUCCAUGUCGGCCAAGCCGGAGUCCAAAUGGGCAAUGCCUGCUGGGAGCUGUACUGCCUUGAGCACGGCAUCCAGCCUGAUGGUCAGAUGCCCUCAGACAAGACCAUCGGAGGUGGUGAUGACUCCUUCAACACCUUCUUCAGUGAGACUGGAGCUGGCAAGCAUGUUCCUCGGGCUGUCUUCAUUGAUCUUGAGCCCACUGUAGUCGAUGAGGUCCGCACUGGAACCUACCGUCAGUUGUUCCAUCCUGAGCAGCUGAUCACCGGCAAGGAAGACGCUGCUAACAACUAUGCUCGUGGUCAUUACACAGUCGGCAAAGAACAGAUCGACAAUUGCCUGGACAGAAUCAGAAAACUGGCUGAUCAAUGCACAGGUCUUCAGGGUUUUCUGAUCUUCCACAGCUUCGGUGGCGGCACUGGCUCAGGGUUCUCCUCCCUUCUCAUGGAGCGCCUGUCGGUAGACUACGGUAAGAAAUCCAAACUGGAGUUUGCCAUCUACCCAGCUCCUCAGAUUGCUACUGCUGUGGUGGAGCCUUACAACGCAAUCCUCACCACCCAUACAACAUUGGAGCAUUCCGACUGCGCCUUCAUGGUCGACAACGAGGCCAUCUAUGACAUCUGCCGUCGCAACCUCGACAUCGAGCGCCCGACAUACACGAACCUGAACCGUCUCAUCGGCCAGAUCGUCUCCUCCAUCACCGCUUCUCUGCGCUUUGAUGGUGCCCUCAACGUCGAUCUGACAGAGUUCCAGACCAACUUGGUGCCCUACCCCCGUAUCCAUUUCCCUCUUGCGACCUAUGCUCCGGUUAUUUCCGCCGAGAAGGCAUACCACGAGCAGCUGAGCGUGGCAGAGAUCACUAACGCCUGCUUCGAGCCCGCCAACCAGAUGGUGAAGUGCGAUCCUCGUCAUGGCAAGUACAUGGCGUGUUGUCUCCUGUUCCGUGGGGAUGUUGUCCCUAAGGAUGUCAACGCCGCCAUCGCUACCAUCAAGACCAAGCGCACCAUCCAGUUCGUUGACUGGUGUCCCACUGGCUUCAAGGUCGGCAUCAACUACCAACCACCAACCAUUGUACCCGGAGGCGAUCUGGCUAAGGUUCAACGUGCUGUCUGCAUGUUGAGCAACACCACAGCCAUUGCUGAAGCCUGGGCUCGUCUUGACCAUAAGUUUGAUCUGAUGUACGCCAAGCGUGCUUUCGUCCAUUGGUACGUCGGAGAGGGUAUGGAGGAAGGAGAGUUCUCCGAGGCUCGUGAAGAUUUGGCGGCCCUUGAGAAGGACUACGAGGAGGUUGGUGUAGACUCCGCUGAAGAACAAGAAGAGGAGGAAGAGGAAUACUAAACUCCUCUGAAAACCUCAUCAUCGGCCAUGAGUGCCGAUACCAAAACCACAAGCCAUUUUUGACGAACAACAUUCUACAAAAGUUAGAAAUUAAUGCCUUAUAGACUCUACUUUUUAACAACAUUCUUAAACAACAUUUUUAACAAAUCUCAAGACACACUUUUUUAGGAAUAUAAAAGAAGAUUUCAAAGUCAAACUAAACAAUAUUUUGAACUAAUCCUGCAUAUCUUCCCGACUUAGUAAACGUACAUUCAAGGUAACACUUUAGCAGAAUACAAAGCAAAUAUCAAACUCAACCAUUCAUGUAAUAUUAUAUAUCUUCGAAAAGCAAUCAUGCCGAAAUGCAUGAAUCCUAUUUUAUUCAUUUCAGCAAAUAUUGUGCAAAUUGGAGUCUUUUCAUACGAAAAACGUGUACAUCGACCUGCAAUACUCUCGUGAUACUUGCAAUAUGAAUUUUACGGAAUCCAUUACGGGGUAAACAAAAGACAUAACAGUAAAAUAUGUUUUUAAGAGCCAAUCGAACAACAAAAUAAAACUGGCAAUACAAUCUCA